UGUGCGUGUGUGUCUGUGUGUGUGUGCACCUCUCUGUGUGAGGAUUCGCGUGCGUACGUGCGCGCCCAUUGGAGCGUCCUGACUCGUUCAUUGGUGCGCUCAUUGGACGUGUCAUAACUUUUGGUGGAUUACCCCAGCUUUACUCUCUGCCUCUGCUACAAACCGGCCUCCGCAUUCAGCGGCGCGUGACAGUCGCCUUCUAGCGACAGCAUCACCUCUUCUCUGCCCCAUCAUAGAGAAUACUAAAGGUCCUGAAGUCAAAAAGACUCUAACAUGUGGUCAGCUUUGGCACCAACUUCUUUUGCCUAUCCAGCCGUCUGGGCGUACCUGUGUGGUGAUGGGUGGCGCGGAUUUGUGGUCACUUCGCUCGUGUUGCUGAGCGCACUAGUGCCCGAAGGCCUUGGAGGGGUGACUGGCUGCACGACAUGCGGCGUUCAACAGAUAGUCAAGGGUUCGGAGGAGCAAUUCCUCAUCGAACUUGCCAAAAAGCAGAUUCUGAGCAAGCUUCACUUGCGGGAGAGACCCAACAUCACCCAGACGUUGCCGCGUGCCGCCCUCGCCACAGCUUUGCGCAAGCUGCAUGCGGGACGCGUGAGAGCGGAUGGAACAGUGGAGCUGGAGAACAACCUGGCAAGCGUACAGCACACAGACCAGGCGUAUGAGAUAGUCAGUUUUGCAAAUAUCGAUGAUUUGGAUUCCAAAGGUAUCAACUCCAUCUUGACCUUCCAGUUUCUGCAGGAGCAAGGUCGACACAUUCAGGUGCUACAGUCUUCUCUAUGGGUCUAUGUGCACCCAGCCAACAGUUCCUCCCUGGCUAGCCGUGUCUCUGCCCAGGUGUACUUGUCAGAUGGAAACAAUGGCAACCGGACCCUCCUGCUCCAACGCAGCAUUGAGGUAGCACAGGGUGGAUGGCAAAGCUUCCCUAUCACCCGCACCAUGCAGGCCUUUCUGGAUGGUGGGGAGCAGAGUUUGCAGCUGGAAGUGCACUGCAACGUGGGAGGCCAAAACCUGUGCAGACAGAGUGGUGUUGAUGCAUCCCAGAGGUCCUACCUGGUGGCACAGGUACAGCUCCGUGAUGAUGACCCCAAGCACACAGUGAGAAAGCGCUCUCUGAGCUGCGGUGAUGAUGUCAGCGUCUGCUGCAAGAAGGACUUCUACAUCAAGUUUCAAGACAUCCAGUGGCAAGACUGGAUCAUUGCACCUGAGGGCUAUCAUAUGAACUACUGUAUGGGCCAGUGCCCACAACACCUGGCUGGUUCACCAGGCAUCGCUUCCUCCUUCCAUGCCACAGUGUUCAGCCAGCUGAAGGCCAAUGGCAUUCACACGGCUGUCUCAUCCUGCUGUGUUCCCAUUCAGAGGCGUCCACUCUCUAUGGUCUAUUUUAACUCACAGCACAGUAUUGUGAAGACUGAUGUGCCUGACAUGAUUGUGGAGUCCUGUGGGUGCACAUAAACAUAUAAGGAGUGUUAGCAAGAAGUCUAUGUUGCAAAAGGGCAUUUUUACCAUAAAUAUUCCAGAGAAAGUUUUUGAGAUCGUAAAUACACAUUCAAAUACCCAGAGAAACAUUAUAUACAGUAAUAGUAUAAAGCAAUCCAGAUGAACAGAAUUUAUAAAUGACUAGGAAAGCAUCCUGUUCUUUACUCCCUUUAAUGCAAGAUGUAUAUAUAUAUGCAAUAUUCUUAUUGCAUUUAAGAAAUAUAUAUUUGCAACUGAAUUGACACCUCUAUAACAAUUGGAGGCUCCAAUAUUUUUCACUGUAUUGUUUGUUUAGUUUUCAUCUGAGGCCACUGGCCUGACCUCUGCUUGGUUACCCAAUGAGAUGGGUAAACAUUUAAUUAUUGCCACAUGCUGAAAUGAAGGUCUAAGAAGACAUUAUGGUAAAUGUGAUUUACCAUACUAAUGUUUGCUUGCUGUUGGAAUGUAAAGCUUAGAUAUAUAUUAGAUUAUAUCUAAAUCUGCAUAUCUAGUAUAAACAUGAUAUGUUUUACCAAAGUUCUCAAAGCUUUUUAGCUACUGUUUUGGUUACGUUAAGCAUUAGUAAAUGGUGUCUGAGUGUGUGUGUGUGUGUGUGUGUGUGUGUGUGUGUGUGCAUGUGUUUGAUAUGUUUUAGUCAAUUAUAUUAACUUAAGACUUUUCUUUACAUAUGUUACUUUUGAAUUGAUAUUGGUUAGAUUUUUAGAUUUUGUUUGUUUUAGGCAAAAAAUUGAAUUCAUUCUAAAAUCCAAUGCAGAAACUUUUUACCGACCACAAAAGACAAAAUAUCACAUCCACAUAGUUUGCAACAAGUUGUCUUUUCAUUUAUUUUUAAAGCACUUCCUGUCCUAAAACAUAUUCAGAUGGGGAUGUGGCAUCAUCAUUUGCUUCAUAUUCCAUGUUUACACUUCUCUUGAUUUCACCAUCAGGGCCACAGUAAAAGAACAAAGUCUUUCUAAUGCUAGGCUUAUGUAACUUCUGCCUUUAUAACUUUCAUGUUUGAACUGAAAACAUGUAGGAUUUCCAGGAAAGCUUUUUUCAUGUUUGAGGCUGCACUUUAUCUGUCAGAAUUUAAUAAUUUAAAUACUUUUCUUUUUUUAUUGUUUUUCAAUAAUUCAUAUAUGUAUAUAAUUAUGUUUUUCCAUUUCCUGCAGUAUUGGUAAAUACACAGUAACUUAUAUCUAAAUGGCAAUAUUGUAAGUUAAGUUUUCAGAA